UCCACAGCUCUCUAUCUCCAUUUCUGUGAGAUCAAUCAACAAAGUUAGAGUGGUACAUAGGCUAAUGGGAGACCCAGAAGCAGAAUACCAGGGUGAUGUUCAUGACCAACCUCAAAUGGGGGCGGAGGUGGAGUUUGAGUUACAAGAUCAACAAUUUGAGUAUCAGCAAGUGCCUGACACUGGCGACGGUGUUCCUCCAUCGAACUAUGAUGACCAAAACCAACAUGAUCAAUACCAACAACAACAGCAACAACCUCAGCCACAGCCACCCAAUCAAAGUGAUUAUGACCCCCAACCGCAACCGCAACCACAACCACAAGUCGUCUUUCAGCAGACACAACAGCCAUCUCAGCCUCAGCCAAUGCAGUUCCCACCACAAGUUCCUCCACAACCAAACCCUUAUCAGACUCAACCACAGCAGUUCCCUCCUCAAAGCCCUCAGCAGUUUCCUCCUCAGAGGCCUCAGCAGUUUCCUCCUCAGAGGCCACAGAAGUUUCCUCCUCAAAGGCCACAGCAGUUCCCUCCUCAAAACCCACAGCAGUUCCCUCCUCAAAGUCCACAGCAGUACCCACCACAAAGCCCGCAAUUUCAAGCUCAACAACAACAACAACAGCAGCAGCAGGGCUAUCAGCAGCCUCAAAUGAGCCCCCAGACUGGGGCUGCUGCACAGUUCCCACCCCAGAAUGUGCAAUCCCAUCCCAAUCCCAAUCCCAUGUAUGGAAAUGGGGCUAACCAACCUGGGGCCUACCCACCACAAGCACCCCAACAAUCUCCAGCAAAGUUUCCUCCUGCAAGUCCAAGUACACCUCAUCAGGUUCGUUACCAGCAGCAGCAGCCGCAACAAGCACAAGCAGGGUACAUUAAUGUUAAUGCAGGCAAUGCCAAUGGCGUGCCUGAUAAUAAUUAUGCUGCUCAAGGGGUUCCAGUGCAGCAGCCUCAUUACCAGCCGGGACCUCUUAAUCAUAUAAACCUGCAGAAUGUUGGCACUGGGGGCUGGAGUUCUGAGUUAUUUGAUUGCAUGGAUGAUCCAAUGAAUGCUCUCACAACGGCUUUCGUUCCAUGCUUGACGUUCGGGCAGAUAGCAGAGAUUGUGGAUAACGGCACUACCUCAUGUGCCAUCAGCGGAUUGUUCUACGGGUUGAUUGCAAGUUUCCUUGGGGUACCAUUCAUAAUGUCAUGCACUUAUCGCACAAAGCUGCGGAGCAUGUUUGGGCUGGUGGAGGCCCCUGCACCCGAUUGGGUCACUCAUUUGUUUUGUGAACCCUGUGCUCUCUGCCAAGAAUAUAGGGAACUUCAGAUCAGAGGGAUAGAUCCUUCCAUAGGUUGGAUAGGAAAUUUGCAACGGAAUCCCAACUUGCAGCAGCAGCUGCGAGCUAACAUGAUGGCGCCCCCACCACCCCAAUAUAUGAAUCAUAAUUGUCAAUGACAAACAAAUAUGAUAUGAUAAUUGGUUUCAUGAGAAAUUGAAGCAAAUUAAUGUUUCUGAUCUCAUCAUCUUUGUUAUAAAUCUCAACCGUUUGCAGACUUUUGCGUUUUCUGUCAUCAAGGCCAAUAUUUUCUUUUUCUAUGUUAUUAUUUUCUUGUUUAGUGAUAUUGUGGAUACCAUGAAUAUGUAUCGCUUUUCAUUCUUGUAAUAUUGAACGAAUUGUUGUUUUCAUUCAUUGACAAA